UUGGCCAUAGCUCUUCCAUUCCAUGGACCAUGGUUAAUUACGAUGGAAGCCACAAAUACAAAAGCUAAAGAGCAAAUAGAAAAGGAGUUUAAAGAGUUGAAACUCUCCCUCCCAAAAGCAGCAUGGUUUGAGAAUUCAGCGAUGGUAUUAUAUAAGAGUUUUUGGUGCCCACAAUACUUCUUAAAGGGUGCGAUCACAUUCCAAAACUACUUUGAAGCACAAGAUGGUGAUAUCAUAUUAGCCAGCUUACCUAGAACUGGUACAACAUGGUUAAAAUCCCUCCUUUAUACCAUUAUUAAUCGGGAUAACUUUUCUAGCCAAUUUUCUCAACAUCCUUUCCAUACCAAAAACCCUCAUGAUCUUGUCUUAUACUUAGAGGGACUAGAUUUAUCAACUAUUAUUGUUGGAAAUCAACCCUUACCUCGACUAUUUGCUACCCAUUUACCAUAUCUAUCAUUAUCAGACUCAAUUAAGACCUCACAAUGUCGAAUUGUUUAUGUUUGUCGAAACCCACUAGACACUUUUGUAUCAUUGUGGCAUUUUUACCUGCAGUUUGAGAGAAACAAGGAUAUCCACCCAAAUAUGGAAUUGAUGGAGGAAUACAUAGGUAAGUAUUGCAAGGGUGAAUCCCCUUUUGGCCCAUAUGAAGAUCAUUUGUUGGGUUACUGGGAAGAGAGCAAUCGAAACCCACAAAAGGUGUUAUUUUUAGAAUAUGAAGGGCUUAAGAAGGAACCAAAAGCUCAUUUGAAAAGCUUGGCUGACUUUGUGGGUUGCCCGUUUUCGGAGGAGGAGGAAAAACAAAAUGUUAUUGAUGAGAUAAUAAAGCUUUGUAGUCUUAAAAGUUUGAAAGAAAUGGAGGUCAAUAAGAAUGGUAACUUUAGUCCUAUGGUGGAGAACAAGACUUUCUUUAGGAAAGGCGAGGUUGGAGAUUGGACCACUCACUUCACUCCUUCAAUGGCUAAACAAUUUCAUCAAAUGCUACGAAAACUCAACAAGGCUGGUUUUUCUUUUACAUAUUAUCGAAUGAACUUGUAAUUUGAAGCUCCAAAUCUAUCUCUAUUCUAUAAAAGAACUUUCCAAGUCAUUUUAGUAAAUACUCCCUCCGUUUCUCUUUGUUUUUUACGUUUCGUAUUUUGAACUCUCGAAGAUCACUGUUUCAAGAGUCAUGUGGAUUAAUCGACAAAGACUAAUAUUAGUCUUUGUUGAUUAUUUGAAGUUGAUCAAUAUCUAGUUCGAUGUAUCUAUAAUAAUUUCUUGAUGUACCUACAAUCAUUUUUUGAUCUAUUUAAUAUAGAUGUGUGAUGUAUCAACAUUGUAUCUUUGUGGAGUGAUUUAAUCAAUUUAUAUGAAAUUCAUUUUUUAAA